CUGUCGUUGAGAGAGAGAGAGAGAGAGUCCACGUGACACGUGCAAGGAAAGAUACCCUGCUGAGGUGAAGAGGAACUGAGGAAGGGGGCGAAAGGGGGAAGGAAAGCAUAAUACUUCGGUAUGGUUAAUGAUUAGAGUGAAAAUCAAGAAAACUGCAAGAAAGGAAGGCAGCCCACAACACUCAACCCUCAUCCAUUUUAUUUUAUUUUUUUUCAUUUUUCGCCCUGUCGUGUGGCGUGGCGGUGCAGCGUCAUUUCUAUCUUGAUUUCCUUUACCAGUUUACCUUAAACAGAAACCACCACAACACCACAACACAUAAGUAGAAAGUAGGUAGAUAAAUCAUAGAUCUACAACUACACUCACUAGGCUUCAGUAACCACACCUUCACUACACCUGGCCUUAUUCCUCCUUUUAUUCCUUCUUAUUUAUUACUUAUUCUAUAUUUUACUUUCUAAAUUAUCUGUGUAUAUUCUAUAUUGUAUUGGAUCAUUAAUUCACUAUCACCACCAUCCAUUAUUGGGGGAGAGAGUGAGCUUAAUGCUGCCUUCAUGUUUCCCUCCCUUUUCCUGGAUGGCACUCGCGCUGUUAUCAAUUACUUAAUUUAAUUAAAUAUUGAAUUACAACUGAUAAAACAACUUAUUAGUUAAUUUUUUUAUCAUAUCAAAUUGCUCGCUAUUCUUUUCUCGCAAGCUAGUAAGACCAAAAAACAAAGAGCAACUGAGGAAGCCAAGCGGCGAGAGAGAGAGAGAGAGAGGAGCCUAUGGCGCUUCAGCGGCGGCGCCACAACAAUUACCAACGCAUUCGCAUCCGCCUCUUGAUUCCUCUGAUUUCAGGCGUCGCCGCUGCUCUUCUGGUUCUCUUCUCUCUCCUUUCCAUUCUGGCUCCUUCCCCCAACGACACCGAUCAUCUGCGCCACUUCUACACCUCCUCGCUUAACGCUACGCCGGAUGAUGCAAUUACAACUCCGGUUUUCCGCGUUCCGAGAGGUGGAGGAAAGAUGGAUCGCCAUGUCUGGAGUUCUAGAAACUCCGAACACUUCCACGGCUGCAGCGAUGCGGGCAACAAGUUUCCAAAGGCUCAAGUUAUUACACAAGCUAACAGAUAUUUGAUGAUUGCAACAAGUGGAGGCUUGAAUCAACAGAGAACUGGGAUUACAGAUGGUGUUGUUGCUGCACGUAUCUUGAAUGCUACACUUGUUAUUCCCAAAUUGGAUCAAAAAUCGUUCUGGAAAGACUCUAGUAACUUCUCAGAAAUUUUUGAUGUUGAUUGGUUUAUCUCAUACUUGUCAAAGGAUGUAAAAAUCAUCAAGCAACUCCCAAGAAGAGGUGGGAAAACAUUAUCUUCGUACAACAUGCGUGUUCCAAGGAAGUGUAAUGAAAGAUGUUACGUAAAUCGUAUAUUACCUGUACUCCUGAAAAAGCAUGCUGUUCAACUCAGCAAGUUUGACUACAGGCUUGCAAACAGGUUGGAUACAGAAUAUCAGAAACUGAGAUGUAGAGUUAAUUACCAUGCUUUAAGGUUUACCAAUCCAAUAUUUUCAAUGGGUGAAAAAUUGGUUCAUCGAAUGAGGAUGAGAAGCAAGCACUAUAUUGCAUUGCACCUAAGGUUUGAACCUGAUAUGCUUGCAUUUUCUGGAUGUGAUUAUGGUGGUGGAGAGAAGGAGCAAAAGGAACUGGGCACUAUAAGGAGGAGAUGGAAAACACUGCAUAGAAGCAAUCCUGAUAGGCAAAGGAGACAGGGGAAAUGCCCGUUAACCCCAGAAGAAGUUGGACUCAUGCUAAGAGCAUUGGGGUAUGGCUCUGAUGUUCAUAUAUAUGUUGCAUCAGGGGAAGUAUAUGGAGGGGAAGAAACAUUGGCACCUCUCAAAGCAUUGUUUCCCAAUUUCCACUCAAAGGACACCAUUGCUACGAAAGAAGAAUUAGAGCCAUUUUCUCCAUUUUCUUCUCGCAUGGCUGCACUUGACUUCAUUGUUUGUGAUGAAAGUGAUGUAUUUGUGACAAACAACAAUGGUAAUAUGGCUAAAAUAUUAGCUGGAAGAAGGAGAUACUUUGGGCACAAGCCUACCAUUCGUCCAAAUGCAAAAAAGCUCUACCGUUUGUUCUUGAACAGAAACAAUUUGACUUGGGAAGUUUUUGCUUCUAGUGUCCGUACUUUCCAGAAAGGCUUCAUGGGGGAGCCAAAGGAAGUUAGACCAGGUAGAGGUGGGUUUCAUGAGAAUCCAUCUACCUGCAUAUGCGAGGAUUCUGUAACCAAAGUGGAGAAAACGUCUGGACCUAGAAAAUUUGGGAAGGAUAACACGAAUAGGAAAAAUGUAACAAACAAUGAUCAGGAUGUGGAUGAUGAGUCUGAAUGGCCUGACAUGGAUGAUGAUGAAGAUCAGGGUGAUGAGAAGGGGAUGUUCAAUGAAACAAUUUCGGACUAUGAAGCUCUGAACUCUGAGGAUCCUGAGUUGGAAGAAAUUCUGUCAGAUUAGUGAAAGGUCCUUAUUAAGGACAGCUGUCUUCUUGACGCUUCCAUUGUGAUUUGUUGCCUCCUCAUGCUGCCUUCAGCUGCUGCUGCUGCUUGAGAGUUGCAUCAUAUAUAAACACAAGAAACAGAAUGAUAUAAUUGAAAAAAAAAAUGAAAAGGAAAAGAACUCCCACAUGUCUUGCUCAAUACUGGCUUCGUAGGGACAUAAUUGCCUAUUUUCAUGCUGAAUGGAGUGUCUGAAUGUCAAUUUAAAUCUGAAGGGGUCCGAGAUCAAAUAUAACCAAUAGAGGAAUAGGAGGAAAUCUAGCCAGCAUAUAGCUGCAGAAAGAAAAUGAGUUUGGUUGUCUUUAUAGAAAUAGGGAAAUCACUACAGUUGAUAGGCGGUGUAUAUCUUUAUUCAGAAAAUUUGUUAUAGGUGAUAGACUUUGUAAAUCUUUCAAUUUUUUUUAACCCCCUAUUGUUGAGGUAGAUUUUGUCAAAAUUUUUCCGCCUGGAACGGGAUGCUAAGUGUUGUUUUUAGUUUUUCUAUCCUUGUGUUGUCUU